CACAACUUUGUGAAUAUACCAAACACCACCGAACUGUGCACUUUAAAAGAUGGAAUUUUAUGAUAUGUGGAGUAUAUCUCAAUUUUUUAAAUGAGGGGAAAAUGACGCCGAUGGAGAGGAGUUAGGGGAACUGAAACAAUGAAAUGGUGUGUGAGUGUCGCCUGUCCCCGUCGGAUCCACCCAAACGAAGUUUGGGCCCACGAACAGUACACCAAGAAGGCCUGGGGUAAGCGAUGCUGGGGGCAGGAUCUAGGAAGAAAGUCGUCUCAGCAUUUGAAGGGAAUGCGGUUAAGGUGGCGGCCGAGGACUGGGGAGGCGCCCGUAGGCUCAGAAGUUGGCCGGGCUAGAGCGGAGAUUUAAAGGUUGGAGCGGAGAGGCUCUUAAAGAGGCCGGGGAGCAUUCCCAUUCGGCGUCCACCUUAAAGCCAGCUCCCCGGCUCGGACCCGGGUCUGAUCUACGAGAAACAUGGCAACCAGCGCUGUCCCCAGUGACAACCUCCCCACAUACAAGCUGGUGGUGGUGGGGGAUGGGGGUGUGGGCAAGAGUGCCCUCACCAUCCAGUUUUUCCAGAAGAUCUUUGUGCCUGACUACGACCCCACCAUUGAGGACUCCUACCUGAAACAUACAGAAAUUGACAAUCAGUGGGCUAUCCUGGACGUUCUGGACACAGCCGGGCAGGAGGAGUUCAGCGCCAUGCGGGAGCAGUACAUGCGCACGGGGGACGGCUUCCUCAUCGUCUACUCUGUCACCGACAAGGCCAGCUUCGAGCACGUGGACCGCUUCCACCAGCUCAUCCUGCGUGUCAAGGACAGAGAGUCAUUCCCGAUGAUCCUUGUGGCCAACAAGGUCGAUUUGAUGCACUUGAGGAAAAUCACCAGGGAGCAAGGAAAAGAAAUGGCAACCAAACACAAUAUUCCAUACAUAGAAACCAGUGCCAAGGACCCACCUCUCAAUGUCGACAAAGCCUUCCAUGACCUCGUCAGAGUCAUUAGGGAACAGAUUCCAGAAAAAAGCCAGAAGAAGAAGAAGAAAACCAAAUGGCGGGGAGACCGGGCCACUGGCACCCACAAACUGCAGUGUGCGAUCUUGUGACGGGCCCGGGGCCCGGGGCACAGUGACAGUGGCCUGGCCAGCCCUCGGGACCCUUCGCUGCCUAACUGCACUGAAACCAUUUCUAACCACCACCCUUGGCACGGGACUUGGCACGGGAAGGGAGAAGGGAGGGUGGGCAGGGAACAGACAGGGUCUGGCUUUGCCCAAAGGGCUCGGGCUUUUCCGUCCCUCACAAGGGACAAGGAAGCCACCCGUAAACAGAAGCAGCAUUUCCAAGCCCCCCAUGUGUCGAUUCAGUCUGGUUCCUCCCUGUCGUGGUGGGUGUGUUGUUUCUUUUAACUCCAUAGUGUUGAUUUGAUGUGGAAGUGUCUAUCCACAUACAAAGUACAAAAUAAGCCAUGAACAAGCCGCCUUCCCUUGCCCCUGGUCCACAGUGUCUGAGCUUGGAUGUAUUUUGUAGAUUUUUAAAUUAUUUUAGUGAUUAUUAUUUUAUUAAAGGGGUCUGGACCCACUGCCUGGUGAAGCUUCAGGUUUUCAGCAGAUCUCCCUGGUCACAUGUCUGGAAUAUUGUUGCUUUUUACCUGAGUUUUCCCAGCAGUGCCAAAACGCAACUCCACGUGCAAGGCAACUGAUGGAGGACAGAGUUUACAGGGUGGGAGCUGGAGGGAAACAGGCCCUACUCAUGGCCUGGAAACUGGAGCGCAGAGAGAUGUGCUAACCCAGACGUUUUGCUAUGAUUGAGGAUGCAGAUAUUAGAAAACAGAAUUUUAUUUUGCUGAGGGGAGUGGCUGGCAUAAGCAUGUCAGUUCUCAAAGGGGUUUUCAGUAUUCUGGAAAUGUAUAACCUAAAGUGAGCUGAUCGCCUGUGCAAAA